CACACAAUUCCGCCAGGCCUCCGGAGGGACGUUGGAGGUUACAGCUGAUCACACUAAACAGCCAAUAAAAAUUCAGAAAUUCCCGCCCUUCUCGAAUUUCAACCAAUCAGCGUCGGGAGCUUUGGCUGGUUGGCCUGCGCAUCUGUUGCUGGAGGAAGGCGGUAAGCCUCCUCAGAGUUGCCCACAGCGGAUAUGGCUGCGGCCCCUGGAGGCGGGGAUGUGAAAUGAGGAGGGGGCAGGGAGGGGAGAGGACGCGAGCGAGGAAGACCGUCCGAGGGGCCCCGAUGCUGUGACUGUGACACACUCACUUGGGUUUGUCCAUGUUGGGGAGGAAGCUUCCUUCCAGGUGUGACCGCAUUCGUCUGGGCAUGUCUGAAGUACCCGGGGCCCAUGGACCUGAAGGAGAAGCAUCUGGGAGAGCCCCCCGUGGCCCUGGGCCUGUCUACCAGGAAGGCCCUCAGUGUCCUGAAGGAGCAGCUGGAGGCUGUAUUGGAGAAACACCUCAAAGAACGGAAGAAAUGUCUUACCUGGAAGGAGGCCUGGAGAAGCAGCUUCCUGCACCUUGGUAACCGCUGCUCCUGUUUCCACUGGCCCGGGGCUUCCCUCAUGCUCCUGACUGGGCUGCUGCUGCUGUGUUGCUGUGGGGGCCAGCCAGCUGGGAGCCGCGGAGUGGAGCUGGUAAACGCCUCUGCUUUGCUCCUGUUGCUGCUUCUCAACCUCAUCCUCGUUGGGCGGCAAGAUCGGCUGAAGCGCCAGGAGGUGGAGCGCAGGCUCCGGGGGAUCAUUGACCAGAUCCAAGAUGCUCUCAGGGAUGGAAAAGAGAUCAAGUGGCCGAACUCCAUGUACCCAGACCUCCAUAUGCCCUUUGCACCUUCCUGGUCCCUGCACUGGGCUUACAGAGAUGGACACCUGGUGAACCUGCCAGUUAGCCUGUUGGUAGAAGGAGACAUCAUAGCCCUGAGGCCUGGCCAGGAGUCCUUUGCCUCCCUGAGGGGCAUCAAGGAUGACGAGCACAUCGUCUUGGAGCCGGGAGACCUGUUCCCCCCCUUCUCUCCACCACCCUCACCCCGUGGAGAAGUAAAGAAAGGGCCCCAGAACCCCCAGCAACACCGGCUCUUCCGAGUCCUGGAGACGCCUGUGAUUGACAACAUCAGAUGGUGCCUGGACACAGCCCUGUCCCGCCCAGUCACUGCUCUAGACAAUGAAAGAUUCACAGUCCAGUCGGUGAUGCUUCACUAUGCUGUGCCGGUGGUCCUGGCUGGCUUUCUCAUCACGAAUGCCCUGCGCUUCAUGUUCAAGGCACCUGGGGUCACUUCCUGGCAGUACACCCUUCUCCAGCUCCAGGUAAAUGGCAUGUUGCCCAUCCUCCCUCUGCUCUUCCCAGUCCUCUGGGUCCUGGCCACUGCCUGUGGAGAAGCUCGUGUCCUGGCCCAAAUGAGCAAGGCUUCGCCCAGCUCCCUGCUGGCCAAGUUCUCAGAGGACACUCUCAGCAGCUAUACUGAAGCCGUCUCCUCUCAGGAAAUGCUGCGUUGCAUUUGGGGUCACUUCCUGAGGGUCAUCCAGGGCACGUCACCAACACUGAGCCACAGUGCCAGUUUGCUGCAUAGCUUGGGCUCUGUUACGGUACUGUGCUGUGUAGACAAACAGGGAAUCCUAUCAUGGCCAAAUCCCAGCCCAGAGACUGUGCUCUUCUUCAGCGGGAAGGUGGAGCCCCCCCACAGUAGCCACGAGGACCUCACAGACGACCUGUCUACCCGCUCCUUCUGCCAUCCCGAGGUAGAGGAGGAGCCCCAUGAACGUGAUGCCCUCCUUGCUGGCUCCCUGAACAAUACCCUGCACCUUUCCAACGAGCAGGAGCGUGGUGACUGGCCUGGUGAUGUCCCCAAGCCCUCUGAGCCCUACUCUCAUCACAAAGGACAUGGCCGCAGCAAACACCCUUCUGGUUCCAAUGUGAGCUUCAGCAGGGACACUGAAGGCGGAGAGGAAGAGCCCAGCAAGGCCCAGCCUGGGACAGAGGGUGACCCCUAUGAGGCCGAGGACUUCGUGUGUGACUACCACUUGGAGAUGCUGAGCCUGUCCCAAGACCAACAGAACCCCUCAUGCAUCCAGUUUGAUGAUUCCAACUGGCAGCUACACCUUACCUCCCUCAAACCCCUGGGCCUCAAUGUGCUCCUGAACCUGUGUAACGCCAGCGUCACCGAGCGCCUGUGCCGCUUUUCCGACCACCUGUGCAACAUCGCCCUGCAGGAGAGCCACAGCGCCGUGCUGCCUGUGCACGUGCCCUGGGGCCUCUGUGAGCUGGCCCGUCUCAUCGGCUUCACUCCGGGGGCCAAGGAGCUCUUCAAACAGGAGAACCACCUGGCACUCUACCGCCUCCCCAGCGCCGAGACCAUGAAGGAGACUUCACUGGGGCGGCCCUCCUGUGUCACCAAGCGGCGUCCCCCACUCAGCCACAUGAUCAGCCUCUUCAUCAAAGACACUGCCACCAGCACAGAGCAGAUGCUGUCCCACGGCAGUGCUGAUGUGGUCGUGGAGGCCUGCACAGACUUCUGGGAUGGCGCUGACAUCUACCCUCUGUCGGGCUCAGACAGAAAGAAAGUGCUGGAUUUCUACCAGCGAGCCUGUCUAUCCGGUUAUUGCUCUGCCUUUGCCUACAAGCCCAUGAAUUGCACGCUGUCCUCUCAACUUAACGGCAAGUGCAUCGAGCUGGUGCAGGUACCCGGCCAGAACAGCAUAUUCACCAUGUGCGAGCUGCCCAGCACUGUUCCCAUCAAGCCAAACAUCCGCCGCAGCAGCUGGAGCUCUGAUGAAGGGAUCGGGGAGGUGCUGGAGAAGGAAGACUGCAUGCAGGCCCUGAGCGGUCAGAUCUUCAUGGGCAUGGUGUCCUCCCAGUACCAGGCCCGGCUGGACGUCGUGCGUCUCAUCGAUGGGCUGGUCAACGCCUGUAUCCGCUUUGUCUACUUCUCUUUGGAGGAUGAGCUCAGGAGCAAGGUGUUUGCAGAAAAGAUGGGCCUGGAGACAGGCUGGAACUGCCACAUCUCCCUCACACCCAACGGUGACAUGCCUGGCUCUGAGAUCCCUCCCUCCAGUCCCAGCCAUGCCGGCUCUCUCCAUGAUGACCUGAAUCAGGUGUCCCGAGAUGAUGCAGAAGGGCUCCUCCUCUUAGAGGAGGAGGGUCACUCAGACCUCAUCAGCUUCCAGCCCACCGACAGCGACAUCCCCAGCUUUCUGGAGGACUGCAACCGGGCCAAGCUGCCCCGGGGCAUCCACCAGGUGCGGCCCCACCUACAGAACAUCGACAACGUGCCGCUGUUGGUGCCCCUCUUCACCGACUGUACCCCUGAGACCAUGUGUGAGAUGAUAAAGAUCAUGCAGGAGUACGGGGAGGUGACGUGCUGCCUGGGCAGCUCGGCCAACCUGCGGAACAGCUGCCUCUUCCUCCAGAGUGAUGUCAGCAUUGCCCUGGACCCCUUGUACCCGUCCCGCUGCUCCUGGGAGACCUUUGGCUAUGCCACCAGCACCACCAUGGCCCAGGCCUCGGAUGGCCUUUCUCCCCUGCAGCUAUCAGGGCAACUCAACAGCCUGCCUUGCUCCCUGACCUUUCGCCAAGAAGAAACCAUCAGCAUCAUCCGGCUCAUUGAACAGGCUCGGCAUGCUACCUAUGGCAUCCGUAAGUGCUUCCUCUUCCUGUUGCAAUGUCAGCUGACCCUUGUGGUCAUUCAGUUCCUUUCUUGUCUGGUCCAGCUGCCACCUCUCCUGAGUACCACAGACAUCUUAUGGCUGUCCUGCUUUUGUUACCCUCUGCUCAGCAUCUCUCUAUUGGGGAAACCACCACACAGCUCCAUCAUGUCUAUGGCAACAGGCAAAAACCUUCAGUCCAUUCCUAAGAAGACACAGCACUACUUCCUGCUCUGCUUCUUGCUCAAGUUCAGCCUUACCAUCAGCUCGUGCCUUGCCUGCUUUGGCUUCACCCUGCAGAGCUUCUGUGACAGCUCCCGGGCCCGCAACCUCACCAACUGCUCCUCGGUCAUGCUUUGCAGCAAUGAUGACAGAGCUCCAGCCUGGUUUGGGGAUUUCGCCAAUGGGUUGCUGUCGGCUCAGAAGCUCACAGCUGCCCUGAUUGUUUUGCACACUGUCUUUAUCUCCAUCACCCAUGUCCAUCGAACCAAGCCUCUGUGGAGAAAGAGCCCUUUGACAAACCUCUGGUGGGCGGUGACAGUGCCUGUGGUGCUGCUCGGUCAGGUGGUCCAGACAGUGGUGGACCUGCAGCUGUGGACACACAGGGACUCACGUGUCCACUUUGGCCUAGAAGAUGUGCCCCUGCUAACAUGGCUCCUGGGCUGCCUGUCCUUGGUCCUUGUGGUAGUCACCAAUGAGAUUGUAAAGCUACAUGAGAUUCGGGUCCGAGUCCGCUAUCAGAAGCGCCAGAAGCUGCAGUUUGAGACUAAGCUGGGCAUGAACUCUCCCUUCUGAGCCGUUGGGCAAGGCGGCCAUAGUUGCCCAGCUUCCUGGGGCUAGAGCCAGACCUACUGGGAAGUUGGCAUCAUGAACGUUUCAGGGUUUGUCUUUGUACCUCAUGGCACUGGAGACUACUGUCUUCCUGACUGCGGCCUUUCAUGAAGAAGCCGACAGGUUGUAGCCAUGGCCUGACAGGACUGCUUUGGCUCUCCCCUGGCCAUACCGGGGGCACUCUUGAAUGUAUGACCUCAGGCCCUUGGUAAAGGGAUCCUUAGCUCCUCUCCCACGGGUCCCCCAUCUUAGGGGUCCCCUCUGCUCUUGCAUCUACGGCAGCCUCGGUUUUUGUUGGGAAGCAGUGGCUGCUGCUACACAAGAUGCUGUGUCCUCCUGCCCAUGUUCCAUCUUUCCGGGCACGGGCCUGGCCGUGGUCUGAAGGACCUCCCCUUCUCUAGGCUUGAAGAUGGACAGGGUCCACCUCACCCUGGGGCCCCGUGUCAGUUGACCUUAAGUCAUCCUCCACAGAGGACCCUGCCCAGGCACCGUGUGGCCCCUGACCUUGUUCUGGGAGACUUUUUUUACUUUUUUUUUUUUUUUUUUUUUUUUUUUUUACUGGAAAAUGAGCCUUUGGGGGAAUGAAUGUCAACUGGUUUAUAUUAAAAGUGUAAAUUGCUUAAAAACCAUCCUGUGGUAGAUCCAUGAAACAGCCAGGAAAGGCUCCUCCCGAGGCUGCAGCCCUCAGCCUCCGCCUCCCCUCCUGAGGCUGCAGCUCUCAGCCCUCCACACUGAGGAGACCUCCAGGUCUGGAUGAAGGGCUAUCCCUGGAUUUGGAGAUCUGCUAUACAGAUGCAAACACAGCCUGGUCACGUGGAAUGACUUUUUCAUUGAUGUUAGUUGGGGGAAGAGGUUAAUAGUUACAGAGCCCAGGCUAGACCAACUGGGUCCUCCAGCAGGAGGUGGGUAGACGGUUCUUCUGUGGCCCGAAGGCCUUCCCCGACUGCAUCCUCUCAGGCAGUUAAUAGAUAGAAUAAAUUCCAUUUAAAAUAUA